UUUCUCAAUAAUAAAUCCACCUAAUCACUAAAUUAUUCCAAAAUAAAAGGGUCUUUUAGGCAAUUCCUUCGGAAAACAUCCCAGUCAUCGCAUCCAAAGUAUCUUGUUUUGCCCCCGAUUCCAAAUUUCCAAUCCAAAGGGGCAGCCGGCGGAAGGCAGGGGAUCAGUUUGUAUGUAGUUUGCGGUGUAUAAUGGAAGCAGAUCCAUUUCUAGGUUUCUACCCAAACAGAGGUGACAACAAUGUCGCUGACGGUAGCCCUAACCUCUCCGAUUUCUCCUUUACGCCGUUUCCAGAACAUCAAGACAAUAUAGAAGCACAAUACACACUUGACAAUUCCUGUCAAGAUUCCUCUUUGCCAAUUGUUUCAUAUACUUCCCUCCUCCUCCUCGAUCAUUCUAAGUCUAAGAAGCACAAGUUUCACCGCUGCAAGACCGCACCUGCCAUGGUCGUUAUGCCUGAAAACCUGGAGAAAUCAAACGACCCCAAACCCUCUCAAGCCGAUUCCGCUUCUCUUGUCAGACAAGCUGCCCUUCUGCUGGUCAUCUACCUCUCUUUGGGUGUCAGCAUCUACUACUUCAACAGAGAUCAUUUCUCAGGGCUGGAAACCCAUCCAAUCGUGGACGCCUUAUACUUCUGCAUUGUGACUAUGUGCACCAUCGGGUAUGGCGACAUUGCCCCUGUGACGCCAUCUGCAAAACUCUUCUCCUGCUUCUUUGUGUUGGUAGGUUUCGGGUUUAUUGAUAUAAUGUUGUCUGGGGUUGUGAAUUACGUCCUGGAUUUGCAAGAGAAGAUGAUAUUGAAUAGCACUAAAAUGAAUCACGGAGACGCAGGUGGUCACCACGUGGAAGAAAGGAGAUUCUCUCCGAUAGACUACGUAUUUGAUUUUGCAAAAGGGAGGAUGAGGAUCAGGUUGAAGGUUGGGCUGGCUUUGGGUGUGGUUCUUUUAAGUAUAGGAUUGGGGACGCUGGUGUUAUACUCUGUGGAAGGUUUGGAUUGGAUUGAUUCGUUAUACCUGUCUGUUCUUUCGGUGACUACAGUUGGGUAUGGAGACAGGGCAUUCAGAACCCUUCCUGGAAGAUUGUUUGCAUCGUUUUGGCUUCUCUUCUCGACUCUGAUGGUGGCGCGUGCCUUUUUGUAUUUAGCCGAGGCCAGAAUCCAUAAGAGGCAUAGGAGAAUCGCCAAUUGGGUUUUGCACCGUCAAAUCACUGUCAAGGACUUGUUAGCUGCUGACAUCAAUAACAAUGGCUUCCUUAGCAAAUCUGAAUACAUCGUGUUUAAGCUGAAAGAAAUGGGGAAGAUCGAAGAGAGAGAGAUAUUGGAGAUAUGCAAGCAGUUCAACAAGCUUGAUGGCACCAAUUCUGGGAAGAUAACACUACGACGUCUCUUGGCAGGUCGCAACAUUUAGUUUAUUCUUCAUUCCAAGUCCAAGCAAUCGUUGGCACAACAAUAAGUUAUAAAAAGAAAACUGUACAAAUGGAUGUAAUUAAUGGUAAUGUAGGGAAGAUUAUAUUGGUGGAACCAGUAGCACAAAAUAUAUUAAAUUUUGUCAAUUAAAUAUUAGAGGAAACCGUCCAUACACAUUACCUAAUA